GACUGGCCGAGCUGCCGCUGCUCUCUUCCCUCCGAGCUUAGGGAGAAUAUUGACAGUUAAAACGAAGAGAAACCCCAUCCCCUCUAUCCUCACCUCUUUCCGAUCCAAAAGGUCAGGAAUACCUAACUCUAGAUCCAUCAAAACUUUCCCAUUCGAUUUCACUCUCGGUCCGUUACUUCUUCCGUUUUGUCACCGGAUCUGGAAAACCGACGCGCGGCGAGAUGGAUGGCUCGGUCUCGAUCCGAGUACCGUACCGGCACCUGAACGAGGCGGAGCUUGAGCUUAUUGAAUUUGAUGGAGAGAUUGAGGAGAGGAAGACGGGCAGGACCCCGACGACGCUUUCGGUUUCCGGUUCGCAACCGUCUUCAUUCGCACAUUUCGAUAAUCCUACUUCGCAGUCCGGAGGGCGCCAGGGCAGCGGUUUGAAGACGCUGAUUUUUGGAUCGAUGGUUGGCGCUGGGGUCCAGUUCGGGUGGGCGCUGCAGUUGUCGCUCUUGACGCCUUACAUUCAGACUCUUGGAAUAGAGCAUGCUUUUUCUUCCUUCAUUUGGCUUUGCGGACCAAUCACCGGCUUCGUAGUCCAACCAUGUGUAGGUGUAUGGAGUGAUAAGUGUGAUUCAAAAUAUGGAAGAAGGCGACCUUUUAUUGUUGCUGGAUGCAUUAUGAUAACUCUAGCUGUUUCCUUUAUUAGUUUUGCUGCAGACAUUGGAUACCUUUUAGGAGAUACACAAGAAGAUUGCCACAAAUAUAAAGGUCCUCGAUGGCGUGCAUCUGCUGUGUUCAUUUUCGGAUUUUGGAUGCUCGAUCUUGCAAAUAAUACAGUACAGGGCCCAGCACGUGCACUGCUGGCUGAUCUUUCAGGACCUGACCAACGCAACUUAGCAAAUGCAAUAUUUUGCUCUUGGAUGGCUGUGGGAAAUAUACUUGGAUUUUCAUCCGGUGCUAGCGGGAAUUGGCACAGGUUGUUCCCUUUUUUGGCUACCAGAGCUUGCUGUGAGGCAUGUGUGAACUUGAAGGUAGCUUUCUUAGUUGCUGUGGCCUUUCUCAUGUUUUGUAUGCUGGUGACCAUAUAUUAUGCUAAGGAGGUUCCGCUAGAAGUUAGUCCCUUCCAAAGGUUGCCAGACUCAUCCCCACUUCUGAGUGAUAAUCAACAAAAUGGCUUUGAUGAAGUUCCACCUGGAGCUAGACCUGUACGGCUGCUAUCCGAUUCUGCCCCUUUACUCCGGGAAACUGAGCAAAAUGGCCUUGUUUUACCAAAUAAAACAUUUGAAAUGGGAGAUGUUGGUCAAAAUUAUGAAAACAAUGCGGGAGUUUAUAAAGCUGACCAUGGCGAUAUUUCAUUAUUCAAUUCUAAUGUUGAAAAGGAUGAGAUCGAAGCUUUUAAAAAUGGCCCAUCAGCAGUCCUAGUUAACAUUUUGACAAGUUUGAGGCAUUUACCACCAGGAAUGCAUUCAGUGCUCAUUGUGAUGGCACUUUCCUGGUUGUCAUGGUUCCCAUUUUUCCUUUUUGAUACUGACUGGAUGGGACGCGAAGUCUACCAUGGGAAUCCAAAGGGGAAUGCAAAUGAAACGGAAGCUUAUCAAAAUGGUGUUAGAGAAGGUGCUUUCGGUUUACUAUUGAAUUCUGUUGUCCUAGGGGUGGCAUCCCUCCUAAUUGAGCCAAUGUGUCGGAGAAUGGGUGCAAAAUUUCUUUGGGCUUUGAGCAAUGCCAUUGUUUUUGUGUGCAUGUCUGCAACAACAGUUGUAAGUUUUUUAUCUUUCAGUGAGCAUUCCAAAAGAAUUCAACAUAUAAUUGGAGCGAACAAGGGCAUUAAGGUUGCCGCAUUAGUCAUAUUUUCACUUCUCGGAUUUCCUUUAGCUAUAACUUAUAGCGUACCAUUUUCUGUUACUGCUGAGUUGACCGCAGAUACAGGAGGCGGACAAGGAUUGGCUACUGGUGUUUUAAACCUUGCAAUUGUUGUUCCUCAGAUGAUCGUCUCUCUUGGUGCUGGGCCCUGGGAUGCUAUUUUUGGAGGCGGCAACAUCCCUGCCUUUGCAUUGGCUGCCAUCUUUGCCUUAGUAUCUGCUGUUGUGGCCAUUUUAAAGUUACCAACAACUUCAGCUUCCAAUACAUCCACAAGCUUCCAUGGUUUUGGUUAGAGUUCCUGCUUCCUUAACAACAAAAACAUUCACAUUCUUUCACAUCAAUUCUUUAAAAAAAAAAA